AUGCCCCAUGCGGGGUCAUUUGGGGCUAAGAAGUUGCACUUAUCCCGACACACUAGAACCCACACAGGAGAGAAACCCCACAAAUGUGACCAGUGUGACUAUUCUGCGGCACACAAAUCCCACCUGAAUCGACAUCUAAGAAAACACGCCGGUGAGAAACCCUACAAACCUACGGCUAAAAGGUCUACCUUAUACCGCCAUAUACCAACCCACACAGGGGAAAGACGUUACAAGUGUGGCCAGUGUGACUAUUCUGCAGCAGGUAAAUCCAACUUAGACAGGCACAUAGCAGCAAAGCACACUAAGGAGAAACCCUACAUGUGUGGCAAAUGUGGGUACAGAGCAGCUCAAAAGUCUGACUUGUCCAAACACAUGAGAACCCACACAGGAGAAAAACCCUACAAAUGUGACCAGUGUGAUUAUUCAGCUGCAGACCAAUCAUGGUUGGUCAAACAUAAAAGAAAACACACCGGUGAGAAACCCUACAUGUGUGACGAGUGUGGGUACAGGUCGGAUAGAAAGCCCAUCUUAGCCCAACACAUGAGAACCCACACAGGAGAAAAACCCUAUAAGUGCGACCAGUGCGACUAUUCCGCAGCACAGAAACAUCAUCUGAUCGACCAUCAAACAAGACAUUCCGGUAAGAAACCCUACAUGUGUGGGGAGUGUGGAUACAGGGCGGCUCAAAGAUAUACCUUAUCCCGACACAUGAAAACACAUACAGGAGAAAAACCCUACAAAUGUGACAAGUGUGACCAUUCUGCAGCAGAAAAACAUCAUCUGAUCGACCAUCAAACAAGACAUACCGGUGAGAAACCCUACAUGUGUGGAGAGUGUGGGUACAGGGCGGCUCAAAGAUCUACCUUAUCCCAACACAUGAGGAUCCAUACGGGAGAAAAACCUUACAAAUGUGACCAGUGUGACUAUUCAACAGUACAGAAAUCCCAUUUAAACCGACAUGUAAGAAAGCACACCAGUAAAAUGACCUAGAUGUACAGAGUUUGCUGGAACAGG